AGCUGGAGCGGCGGCGGCGGCGACGGCGGCGGCGGCGGCGGCGGCUCGGGCACAGGGGCGGGAGCAGAGGCGGGAGCGGACGGGCUCGGGAGAGGCGGCGGAAUGGUGGACUACCACGCGGCGAACCAGUCGUACCAGUACGGCCCCAGCAGCGGAAGCAAUGGCGCCGGUGGCGGGGGUACCGUGGGCGACUACAUGGCCCAGGAGGACGACUGGGACCGGGACCUGCUUCUGGACCCGGCCUGGGAGAAGCAGCAGCGCAAGACCUUCACAGCCUGGUGCAACUCCCACUUGCGGAAGGCCGGCACGCAGAUCGAGAACAUCGAUGAGGACUUCCGAGACGGGCUCAAGCUCAUGCUCCUCCUGGAGGUCAUCUCAGGGGAGCGGUUACCUAAGCCAGAGCGGGGCAAGAUGAGAGUACACAAAAUCAACAAUGUGAACAAGGCCCUGGAUUUCAUCGCCAGCAAAGGAGUCAAGCUGGUCUCCAUUGGGGCGGAAGAGAUUGUGGACGGCAACGCGAAGAUGACCCUGGGAAUGAUCUGGACCAUCAUCCUCAGGUUCGCCAUCCAGGACAUCUCUGUGGAAGAGACCUCUGCCAAGGAGGGGCUCCUCCUCUGGUGCCAGAGAAAGACGGCCCCGUACAAGAACGUCAACGUGCAGAACUUCCACAUCAGCUGGAAGGACGGUCUUGCCUUCAACGCCCUGAUCCACCGGCACAGACCAGAGCUGAUCGAGUAUGACAAGCUGAGAAAGGACGACCCCGUCACCAACCUGAACAAUGCCUUUGAAGUGGCUGAGAAAUACCUAGAUAUCCCCAAGAUGUUGGAUGCAGAGGAUAUUGUAGGCACUCUGAGGCCAGAUGAGAAAGCCAUCAUGACUUACGUGUCCUGCUUCUACCACGCUUUCUCAGGGGCUCAAAAGGCUGAGACCGCUGCCAACCGGAUCUGCAAGGUGCUGGCUGUCAACCAGGAGAAUGAACACCUGAUGGAAGAUUAUGAGAGGCUGGCCAGCGACCUCCUGGAGUGGAUCCGGCGCACCAUCCCCUGGUUGGAGGACCGCGUGCCCCAGAAGACCAUCCAGGAGAUGCAGCAGAAGCUGGAGGACUUUCGCGACUACCGACGUGUCCACAAGCCACCCAAGGUGCAGGAGAAGUGCCAGCUGGAGAUCAACUUCAACACACUGCAGACCAAGCUGCGCCUCAGCAACCGGCCCGCCUUCAUGCCCUCUGAGGGCAAGAUGGUCUCGGACAUCAACAACGGCUGGCAGCACCUGGAGCAGGCCGAGAAGGGCUACGAGGAGUGGCUGUUGAACGAGAUCCGCAGGCUGGAGCGGCUCGACCACCUGGCAGAGAAGUUCCGGCAGAAGGCCUCCAUCCAUGAGGCCUGGACCGAUGGGAAGGAGGCCAUGCUGAGGCAACGGGACUAUGAGACAGCCACCCUGUCGGACAUCAAAGCCCUCAUCCGCAAGCACGAGGCCUUCGAGAGUGACCUGGCCGCGCACCAGGACCGCGUGGAGCAGAUCGCUGCUAUCGCCCAGGAGCUCAACGAGCUGGAUUACUACGACUCCCACAACGUCAACACCCGCUGCCAGAAGAUCUGCGACCAAUGGGAUGCCCUUGGCUCUCUGACCCACAGUCGCAGGGAAGCCCUGGAGAAAACGGAGAAGCAGCUGGAGACCAUCGACCAGCUGCAUCUGGAGUACGCCAAGCGGGCAGCCCCCUUCAACAACUGGAUGGAGAGUGCCAUGGAGGACCUCCAGGACAUGUUCAUCGUCCACACCAUCGAGGAAAUCGAGGGCCUGAUCUCAGCCCACGACCAGUUCAAGUCGACGCUGCCAGAUGCCGACAGGGAACGGGAGGCCAUCCUGGCCAUCCACAAGGAGGCCCAGAGGAUUGCCGAGAGCAACCACAUCAAGCUGUCGGGAAGCAACCCCUACACCACCGUCACCCCUCAGAUCAUCAACUCCAAGUGGGAGAAGGUGCAGCAGCUGGUGCCCAAGCGGGACCACGCCCUCCUGGAGGAGCAGAGCAGACAGCAGUCCAACGAGCACCUCCGCCGCCAGUUUGCCAGCCAGGCCAACAUCGUGGGGCCCUGGAUCCAGACUAAGAUGGAGGAGAUUGGGCGCAUCUCCAUCGAGAUGAACGGGACUCUGGAGGACCAGCUGAGCCACCUGAAGCAGUACGAGCGCAGCAUCGUGGACUACAAGCCCAACCUGGACCUGCUGGAGCAGCAGCACCAGCUCAUCCAGGAGGCCCUCAUCUUCGACAACAAGCACACCAACUACACCAUGGAGCACAUCCGCGUGGGCUGGGAGCAGCUGCUCACCACCAUCGCCCGCACCAUCAACGAGGUGGAGAACCAGAUCCUCACCCGCGAUGCCAAGGGCAUCAGCCAGGAGCAGAUGCAGGAGUUCCGGGCGUCCUUCAAUCACUUCGACAAGGACCACGGCGGGGCGCUGGGGCCGGAGGAGUUCAAGGCCUGCCUCAUCAGCCUGGGCUACGACGUGGAGAAUGACCGGCAGGGCGAUGCCGAGUUCAACCGCAUCAUGAGCGUGGUUGACCCCAACCACAGCGGCCUCGUGACCUUCCAAGCCUUCAUCGACUUCAUGUCAAGGGAGACCACCGACACGGACACGGCUGACCAGGUCAUUGCCUCCUUCAAGGUCUUGGCCGGGGACAAGAACUUCAUCACCGCCGAGGAGCUGCGGAGAGAGCUGCCGCCCGACCAGGCCGAGUACUGCAUUGCGCGCAUGGCGCCCUACCAGGGCCCCGACGCCGUGCCUGGGGCCCUCGACUACAAGUCCUUCUCCACAGCCCUGUACGGCGAGAGCGACCUGUGAGGCCCCCACCCAGAGAAAUCCUGACCAAACGCCCCCUCCUCACAGCCUCCAGGAGGGGCUGGGGGAGCCCUCCCGCCCCCUCCGCGCUGCGAGGGCCCCCCCGGCCCCGCCCCUCUGACUCUGUAUCUAUGCAAAGCACUCUCUGUGGGUCCUUCCUGGGGGGGGGGCGGGGGGGCAGGGAGGGGCUGGGGCAGGCUCUCUCCUCUCUCUUUGUCGGUUGGCCGGGAGGGUCUCCCACUCCCCCUGGAUGGGGGUAAAGGGGGGCCUCCGGGGCCAGCGCUUCUGGUCUGGUAAAUAUACAUGAUGCGUUGUUU